UUCCACGUAAUGGGAAGAUAUAAGCUAGUGUACUUAAAAUGUAACUUGGAUUCUUUUGUCUUGAAAAAUAACUUUGUCAUGCAAUGCAAUGAUUUGUGAAAUGUAAGAACUGAAAAUAAUAAACUUAAGGAUUUUGCUAUGGUGACAUGCAUGUCACCAUGACAUGGACUUUUCGGUCGACCUAAUCCUAAAGGCGGUCGACCGAAUUGACUAAUUUGGGCAGCAUGAGAAAGCAUUGCGGUCGACCUAAUCCUAAAGGCGGUCGACCUCAAUUCAUAGCAUAAUUGAUGAGUCCUUGUUAUCAUUAUUUAUGACUAGUUAUGAUGGUUUAAAGCGUAAUUUAGACGAGCAAAAGAACCACACAAAUCGACAUACAUAAGCAAAAAGACACGGGGCAUAAGUUGACUUUCUUGUAUUCGGUCAACCUCGUACCGGAUUAGGUCGACCUCGACACCAACACUUGAUCUUCAUUUUACGUCAAAUGAUCGGAUAAAUUGAUAGAACACUUAUCGUCUAUCUGGUCGACCUCUUUCUUUAUCUGGUCGACCAUAUUGUUAAUGACUGCCAUCAAGUGGUCGACCUAUAUACCUUUACGGUCGACCAUGUUGUUUCUGACGCCAACGAAAUGGCCGACCGAGGUUUAUUCUGGUCAACCAAAAAUAACAACUUAAACUAAGAACGGUCGACCAAGUGGUCUUUGAGGUCGACCACAAUGCUUUCUCGUGCUGUCCAAAUUAGUCAAUUCGGUCGACCGCCUUCAGGAUUAGGUCGACCGAAAAGUCCAUGUCACGGUGACAUGCAUGUCAUAGUAGGCAUACCCUAAACUUAAACUAGUUUAUAUAUUGAAGACAACCUAAUUAAAUAAAUUUAAGUGAAUUGCUAAGAAGACCAAAUAUACCUUUCUAUACCACCCUAUAUGGUGAUGAAAAGUGAUAAAUGACGGUUAGUAAUAAAUCUUUCUUUUUUAUUUCAAAAUAUAUCAAAGUAGAUGUCAUUUUAAAUAGCAAAAUUAUAUCUAAUUUAUUUGUGCCAUUUUUUUGAGAUUAUGACGUAAAAUGAAAGAUAUAUAACCUAUUUAAAUUAAUUGUGAAACAUUAGUUACGAUUCAUAAAUAAUAAGUUUAGAGUCAUGCAUGGUUACUAACAAUAAGGUUAUUGGUUGGAUCCUCUCCCAUUUCAUAUGGCUUUUUCGUGUGUUAUAAUAACAUUUUAUCUUGUACACUUAUUGAAACAUAUGGCGAAUUUGUUGUAGUACACUCAACACAUUACAUGUCCCCCAUCAUCACUAACACCAUCUACCUUCAACCAACAGAGAGAAAAACGAAGGGGAAAGGAAAAAAAAUAUUGUUGGAUCAUCGGGAUAAACACUAUUGACUCUACAAAAAUGGAUUACAUUUUAUCUCUAAGCACAAGAGAACUUCUUUCUCUACUUUGAACACUUCUUUCAGAACAUUAGUGAUCCUAUAAAAAUGGAUAAAAGGAAUGGUAGUAUCUCUAGUGAGCGUAUAUAAAUAAUGCAAAGAAUGGAGAUGAGAAAGAACACUUUUAUCUGAAUUUCCUUCAAAUUUAUCGGAUUCUUUUCUGCUAGGUUCUGGCAUUUCAGAGGUGAAGCACCAAGAAGAGAAGAAGUGUCAUUUUUUUACCCAAUAAAAGAAAGAAAGAGGAAUGGGUCUUAAAAGUGAUGACAAGGUUUCUUUAAUGGUGGGAGUGUUACUAAUGGUAGUGGUGAUGUUGCUUCCUGAGUGCGGAAUGGCUGCGAGGGUUGGCAUAAUUGGUAGGGCCAGAGUAGCCGGAUGCCCUCAUGGUGUCUUAUGUAGCUACGGUCAUUUGAAUAAGGAGAUGGAGAAGAAUAAUGACAUCAAUAGAGGAAGGACAAGAAGUACUGAUAACGGUGAAAGCAGCAGCACUAGUGAGAUGUUGUAUGAUGAUGAUCAAUAUCGUCCAGAUUCCAUUGGGUAUAAUGGAGAUUAUAAAGACUAUUACUACAAAAGGUAUGGAGAUGUUCCAAGUCCUGGUGUUGGUCAUUGAUCACCACCCUUCCAAGUAUCUCCGGACUAAAGUGCACCAUCUCCUUGAUAAAUAAGUAGAAGCAACUUUAGAUUUCCUUUAAAUAAACAUAUAAUUAAGGUAGCAAUAAUGUUUAGUGGCUAUGUACAAGUUAGACACAUCUUGAUUCAAAUUAUAAUGUGGGAGUAACGUUCCUCGACAAGGAAAUAAAAUAGACCUCAAAUUCUCUCUCUCUGUUACGAAUAACCGAACUCCUAUCGCCAUUUUAGUGUGACAUCUCAAUCGCCUCCUUUCGGUGACAUUCCUCCAUAGUUCUGGCGGUAAGGGUUCUUAUUGGGAUGGAUUGUGCCUUUAUAUGGGUCCAAUUCGACCAUGGAUAUCAUCAAUUGAUUCCCAUGGAUUUCUUUCGUCCAAUCCCCAUUUCAAUUCAUUUUGCUCCAUUCUGUCAACGAUGUCUGAACUGGUGGUUGUUUUUAGCGAUGCAAUGAUUGUUGCAUGUGAAGAGACAGUAAGACUCAACCUCCUCCCUAGAGUCUUCAGCCCUACGUCGUAUUUUUGCAGCCUUCAACACUUCCUCGUAGAUGUGUGGCAAUGAAAGUGCUCCAUUACAAUCGUUGAUGUGUCGUUUGGACUUCAUGCAACAAAAUGCAUAUCCUGAUUAUUGAUUGAGUAAUAAAAUUAAGUAAUAUUG